AUGGCACCGCCUAAUGAGACGCCCUCCAACCCUAUCACGGUCGCCGAGGUCAAGGAGAUCGCAAAGACCAAGCUCAACCAGCCAACAUGGGACUACUAUACGACUGGAGCGGACGAGAAUCGUACAUUAGACCGCAAUUCUAAGAUCUAUAAGAAACUCCUGCUCCGCCCUCGUGCACUUCGAAAUGUCGCCGAUGUGGACACCUCGACGUAUAUCUUCGGCAAAAGAUACGAUAUACCCGUCGCGAUCGCACCAAGCGCGUAUCAGAAACUUGUAGGACCUGGAGGUGAAAUCGAUAUGACCCGCGCUAGCUAUGCCCUGGGCACCAACUUCACGUUAUCCUCGAACGCCACCACAUCUCUCGAGGAUGUCAUGGCGGCUUUGCCCCCUCGGGAUCCGAAAUAUCCAGCGCCAUGGUUCCAGCUGUACUUUCUACGCUCUCGGGAACAGACUAAGGGUGUGAUUAAACGUGCUGAAGAGGCGGGCUAUGAGGCUCUUGUACUCACCGUCGACACGGCGGUCCUCGGAAACAGGCUGGGCGAGAGAAAGAAGCCUCUUGUCCUCCCGCCCGGUCUAUCAACAGCUAAUCGAGCUUCAAGACAGGCUGGUGGAGUAUCCAAGGGCAGACUUUUGCUCAAUGCGAAGACGGCCGCCGAGGCGAAGAAGGUGGACGAGGAGAACGGGGAUUUCCUUGUCGACCGCUCCCUAGAAUGGGGGGAGGUGAUUCCGUGGCUCAGGGAGCAGACAUCAAUGAAGAUACUCGUCAAAGGCAUAAUGACUGCUGAGGAUGCUCUUGAAGCCAUGGUGGCCGGCGUGGAUGGCAUUGUUGUCUCUAACCACGGAGGUCGGCAACUAGACGGUGUUCCUUCCACGCUUGAAAUGCUUCCGGAGAUAGCCGACGUGGUGAAAGGCAGGAUACCAAUAGUUUUUGAUGGUGGGAUAUCUACGGGCAGCGACGUUUUCAAAGCACUGGCCCUGGGCGCAGAUCUAUGCUUGAUCGGCCGGUCUGCUCUCUGGGGAUUGGCGUAUGAUGGGCAGAAAGGCGUGGAGGCGGUGUUUCACAUUUUGGAACGGGAACUAUGGCGAACCAUGGUCUUAUCUGGAGCAAGCUCCAUAUCCAAAAUCUCCAGAUCCAUGGUGGGAGUUGCUAGACGCGAUGGCUUCGGCGUUUCAAAGCUAUGA